CGGGCGGGGGCCGGCGGGGCGAGCGGCCCGGCUCAGAGCCGCCGCGCCACCGGGAGAGGAAGGGGCCGCCGGCCGAGCCCGCCCUCCACUCGCCCACAGCGGCGGCCGGGCGGCGGGGACGCGAGCGGAGGGCGCCGGGAGAGGCCCGGCCGACACGAGUGCGGGGGGCUGCGGGCCAUGGCGCCCCGGGCCCUCGCCGCCCGCCGCCCCCGCCCGCCCGGGCGCCCCCGAGCUGCGCCUCGGAGCCCACGGAGCCUCGGCGCGCCAGGAGGCGACUUGGAGCUCCUCUUGGUGCUGACAUGAUGACAGUGUGCAGGCCAGCCAAGGGCAGCCACAGCCAGACUGAAAACCUGGGCCACAAAUUGGCUGACAAGGUCAAGGUGGAAGGUCCAAAGGCUGGGGAAGACCCUCAAAGGCAGCCGUUUAGGUCCUCCAUUCCUUUCCUAGAGACUGAUCAGGACUCACCCUUCCGAAGAAGCCCACUGGAGAGCCUCUGUAACCUGAUGCUAGAGCCAAGAGUGGACUGUUUUCAGCAGAACAUGUUCAGCUCAAAUAUGAUCAUCAGCGACCCAGCUUCAGAUCUCGGCACUAAAGGAGCCAGCAGGGCCGGCAAGAGGCAGCUAAGCAGUGUUCAGAACCCCUGCCCUCCCGCCCGAGGCGGGGCCUGGCACAAGUCCCUCAGCAUAAAGGACAAGAUAUCAGAAUGGGAAGGGAAAAAGGAGUUGCCCACUCCUGCCCCUGGCAGGAAAGCAGAUGGGCAAGAGGAUUACCUGACGUCAUGUGUGAUGGAGGGGAGAAGCAGCGAUGGUUCGAGGACUCGGGUCACAGAGGCUCAGAACGGAACAAGGCUGGACGCAGAGAGUAGAGACGAUGAGAGGAAUAAAGGGGUAGUGAAAGUUGGGGCACAGGAUGCAGAGCAGAGGCAAGACCUGAGCCAGCCAGCCCAGGAGCUGGCUCCUAGCUUGGGAAGAGGCCGGGAGCCCAGGCUUGGCAAACAGCGCUUUCAGAAUGAUAGCCUGUCUGUGCUGAAGCAGGUGGAGAAACUUGAGCAGGCUCUGAAGGAUGGGUCUGCAGGGUUGGAUCCCCAGCUACCUGGCACCUGUUAUUCCCCACACUGCCUGCCGGACAAGGCCGAGGAGGGGCCCACCCUUCCUGAGAACCGUGGGGGCGGGAGUGUCUCAGAAUUCAGGGCCCACCGCUUGGACCUGGAAGGCACGGAGCCCGCCCCUGAGGCCACAGAGGAAAGGAAGGGCUUGUGCGGGAGGACCUGUGACCAGAGGCUGGAGAGUGUGUACAGGGCCUCAGAGGACUCCCCCGCAAGACCCUUCAUCAGCCCCCCGCCCAAACCCCGGAGAACUUUCAAACAUGAUGGCGAAGGGGACAAGGAUGGGAACCCAGGCAUCAGCUUCCGGAAAGAUAAAAGGAACCUGCCUCCUCUGCCCUCUCUACCGGCCCCGCCCCUGCCCUCCUCUCCCCCGCCUUCCUCUGUGAACAGGAGACUGUGGAGCGGGAGACCGAAGGCCAGUGCUGACCACAGAAAGUCCUAUGAGUUUGAAGACUUACUGCAGUCUUCCUCUGAGAACAGCAGGGUGGACUGGUACGCACAGACUAAGCUGGGGCUCACGCGCACUUUAUCGGAGGAGAACGUCUAUGAGGACAUUCUAGAUCCACCAAUGAAGGAAAAUCCUUAUGAGGACGUUGAGUUACAUGGUCGAUGCCUCGGGAAGAAGUGUGUCUUGAAUUUUCCAGGUUCUCCCACCUCUUCCAUCCCUGACACACCCACCAAGGUAUGAGCCCCCAGAGGAGCAGUGGGGGAGAGGGGUCCCCAGCACCACGGCCUUGAGCAGCCUGGAGUUCUGGGUUACACUGGAAUGCCAGGCCACCCUCACUGCCAGGCUCCUGGAUUUACACAUCGGCAGCCUGCCUCCUCUUCCUGCCUCUAGUUCUCUUGGAACCCCUCUGCUCAACAAGGCUUUCUAAAGUGUCAUUUUAGCUUCUAGGUCAGAAUUCUCCCCAGCUGAGUAAAUAAGAUAGUACAUCCAUGUUAUACAGCUAUAAAGAAGAAUGUCCUGACAUAAAACAAACUCAUAUAUGUUUGUGAAUGUACAAGAAUAUCUCUGUAAGGGUCCCUAAGAAUGAGUAAGUGGGUACCUCUGUGGAGUUGUCUGAGUGUCUGAGUAUCUGGAGGUCAGGAAAGAAGACUGACAUUUUCACAGAAUAUCUUUUUGAACCUUUUGCAGUUUUGUACUAUGUGCAUACAGAUAAUAUUACUGUAUUCACAUACAUGAUAACUUCAACACAUUGCCUACAGAACUGAGUUCAUAUUUUUUUUUUGCAUAUGUAGUUUUAUUUAUAAUGGUCCCAACUGGAAACAACCCUAAUAUCUUUCAGUGGGUGAACAGUUCCAUAUAGUAUAGUACAUUCAUACGAUGGAAUACUAUUCAUCAAUAAAAAGGAAUAAGCUAUUGAUGUAUACAACAACCUGGAUAAAUCUCCAGAGAAUGAUGGCAAGUGAAAAAAGCCACUCCCAUAGAGUUACAUGCUACAUGAUUCCGUUUAUGUAAUAUUUUUGAAAGGACAAAACUGUAGGAACAGAGAACAGAUUAGUAUGAAUUCAUAUUCUUUAGCAUAGCAUUAAACUUCCUUCAUAAUUGAUCCCUGGUUACCAUUUCCCGCAGUUCCUAUGUACAAAAUCUUCUCUCCAGCCAAAGCCUCCUAACUGCCCCUCUGAUAUUGUAGCCCCAGGAUCAGCAAACUUUUUCUCUAAAGAACCAGAGAUCUGGUUAUAUAUGAUGAUAUAUGAUCUCUGUUGUAACUGCUCAGCGCUGCCAUUGCGGUGCAGAGCAGCCACAGACUAUAUGCAAACCAGU